AUGGAAUUUGCAACUACCUUGUUUUCCACUGAGUAUUACCAGACCAUGCAGGCCCUAAUAUUUGCUGUGGAGGAGAUUAACUCAGAUCCUGAACUCCUUCCCCAAUAUACUCUGGGUUUCCAGGUUUUUGACUCCUGCUUUACAUUACGGAAAGCAGCACAUGGAACCCUUUCAUUGCUCUCAGGAGGAAGGAAAAUCACCCCCAAUUAUCACUGUCACAAAGGGGCGCCUGUUGCUGGGAUCAUCGGUGACUCUGGGUCCUCGCAAUCUAUUCUUAUGGCCCAGAUCUUAGGACUGUACCGAUACCCACAGAUUAGCUAUUUUGCAACCAGCCCUACCCUUAGUGAUCGGAACCUGUUCCCUUCCUUUUUCCGUACCAUCCCUAGUGAUGAGUUUCAAAUGAGAGGUCUGGCCCAGUUGGUCUCCCAUUUCAAUUGGUCUUGGGUUGGUCUGCUGGCCAGUGACACUGACUACGGCCAGUUUGGACUCCAGAUGAUAAAGCAAGAGAUAGUAAAGGGUGGAGCUUGUGUGGCCUUUGCUGAGAAUAUACGGACUAACCAUCCCGACAGAAAUGCUCCUCACCUUGUCCAAGUUAUUAGAAAGUCAACUGCAAAAGUGGUGAUUGUCAUAUCGUCUGAUUUCGAUUUUGUGAUUGUGGCAGACGAGUUGUUGGAACAGAAUGUGAGUGGAAUCACCUGGAUAGCCAGUGAGGCUUGGGCAACCUCAGAGUUACUCUCGAAGGAACCAUAUAAAGGACUAUUAUCCGGCACCGUUGGGGUUGCCAUUCGCCGCGGCCAGAUGACAAGGUUCACCAAGUACAUCAACAGCCUCUCCCCAUCAGAAAAUGUCAACGAUUUAUUCAUCAAAGAAUUCUGGGAGGAAAUAUUUAAUUGCAAAUGGCUGAAUCGGGACAAUGUAACUAUUCCUUUGGGUAAUGAAACCAGGAAAGCCUGUACAGGAAGCGAAAAGCUGGAGGACUUGUUAAACGAAGAGUACCAUAGAGUUUCCCUGAAUCUUCUCCACUACAUUAAAAAAGUCUACUUCAAGACCCAAGAUGGGAGCCAGAUAUUUUUUGAUGCAAAAGGGAACCCGCCGGCUGUCUAUGACAUUGUGAACUGGUGUGUGAAUGCCAAGGGGGCACUGGGGCAGGUUAUUGUUGGGAGAUACGACAUGAAUGCCCCCGAAACGUUCAAUGUAGAUAGUGAUGGAGUUAUCUGGGCCAACGGCAGCACAAAGGUUCCUCUCUCCAAGUGCAGCCCCAGUUGUGCCGCUGGAUUUAGGAAAGUGAUGGUACCCAAUGCCGUGGAAUGUAAUCCGUGUUCCUGGGACACGUGGCCCAAUCAACAUAGAGCGAAAUGCAUAGCAAGAACGACAGAGUUUCUUUCCUAUGAAGAUGAUUUAGGCUUAAUUUUAGCGCCCGUUUCCAUCUUGUCUUCUCUGGUUCCACUUGUUUUCUGGGGAGUUUUUGUUCAUUACAAAAAGACACCAAUAGUCCGAGCCAACAACUACUCCCUUAGCUGCCUUCUCCUGCUUUCCCUGUUCCUCUGUUUCCUUUGCUCUUUAGGGUUCAUUGGUUACCCACAACCUGAAAAGUGCCUUCUGCGCCAGGUGGCAUUUGGGAUGGUUUUUGCCCUCUGCAUCUCCUGUGUUCUGGCCAAAACCAUCACUGUUGUCAUUGCCUUUAAUGCAACCAAACCCGGCAGCAGGUUAAGAAAGUGGACAGGGGUGAGACUGCCAUAUUUUGUAAUUAUACUUUGUACUUUUAUUCAAUUUUCUUUGUGUAUGAUCUGGCUGAUUUUCUAUCCUCCUGUUCCAGAACUUAAUACUGAAACAAAACCUGGAAUCAUUAUAGUGAGUUGCAAUGAAGGAUCGCCCACUGCUUUCUGGUGCAUGCUGGGAUACCUUGGACUCUUGGCCACCAUCAGUUUCAUUGUUGCCUUCCUGGCCAGACGCCUCCCUGACAGUUUCAAUGAAGCCAAAUUGAUCACAUUCAGUAUGUUGGCUUUCCUCAGUGUGUGGGUGUCCUUUAUCCCAGCCUAUCUCAGUGCCCGGGGCAUGUAUACUGUGGCAAUGGAGGUCUUUGCCAUCCUGUCUUCCAGUUGGGCUGUGGUGGGCUGUAUCUUUGUGCCAAAAUGUUUCAUUGUAUUGUUCAGACCCAACAUGAACUCCAGAGAACAUCUCAUGGGGAAAAGAAAUAUCUACAAUUUUUCUUAG